AUGACGCUGCUGUCACUGCAGGACACGGCUUCAGAGACUGGGCUAGCAGAAAGAAUAGGACCACAAGGCCCUCCUGGACCACGAGGACCCCCUGGACCAUCUGGCAAGGACGGCAUAGACGGAGAGCCGGGCCCUCCUGGCUUGCCAGGCCCACCAGGUUUAACAGGAACCGAUGGCCCACCUGGCCCAAAUGGGCCUCCAGGAGACCGUGGUGCAUUAGGACCUUCUGGGCCACCUGGACCAGCUCUAUGUGAGGACACCAUGGGUGUAAGGCUCUUCUCUCUGUUCAACAGGGCCCUCCAGGACCCAGUGGGCUCCCAGGUGGAAAUGGAUUUCGGGGUCCUCCUGGACCUUUUGGUCUGCCAGGAUUCCCAGGGCCUCCUGGACCACCCGGACCUCCUGGUCUUCCAGGCACCCUUCACGAUGGCGGUGGGGACCUUCAGGGAGACCAAGGAAGCAAAGGUCCUCAAGGAUUCAGGGGGCCCAAAGGUGACACCUACGGCUCAAGUUGGACCUAUUGCCAAAAAGCUCUUUGUGAAUGCAUUUUGCAAACCACAGAAUCUCCUCAUGACCUUAACCCGCGUUGUACCUGGUUGCAGGGCAUGCCUGGCAAGGAUGGACGGGACGGAGCUCCUGGACUCGAUGGGUGAUGCAGCUCGCAUGGGAGCUCCUGGAGAGAAGGGACCCAACGGACUCCCCGGGCUGCCUGGAAGAGCAGGUAUUAAAGGCUCAAAGGGUGAACCAGGCGAUGUUGGUAUUCCUGGUGAGAGGGGUCUGCCGGGACCCAGAGGAGCAACCGGUCCGCUUGGUCUUCAAGGCCCAGUGGGAGCCCCUGGUGUCAGAGGAUUCCAGGUUGGUGUGCUGGCAAGGGGUCCCAAAGGUGCCAGUGGGGAGCCUGGCCUUCCUGGGCCAACUGGAAUUCGGGGAGAGAUGGGUGACAGGGGUCCUGCUGGUGUUCCUGGGCCCAAAGGUAACCAGGGCAUUGCUGGAGCAGACGGCCUCCCUGGUGACAAAGGAGAGCUGGGCCCCUUUGGUCCCCCUGGCCAAAAAGGAGAGCCAGGAAAAAGAGGAGAACUUGGUCCGAAAGGUGUCCAGGGACCCAACGGGACGGCUGGGGUACCAGGGAUCCCAGGACAUCCAGGGCCCAUGGGCCAUCAGGGGGAGCAAGGCGUUCCCGGCAUCACGGGAAAACCUGGGCCUCCCGGCAAAGAGGCCAGUGAGCAACAUAUAAGAGAGCUCUGCGGGGAAAUGAUAAAUGAUCAAAUCGCACAGUUAGCUGCUAACCUGAGGAAGCCCUUGUCUCCCGGAAUGACGGGUCGUCCUGGCCCAGCGGGUCCCGCAGGUCCUCCUGGAGCUACGGGAAGCAUUGGGCAUCCCGGUCCUCGUGGUCCCCCUGGAUACAGAGGGCCAACAGGAGAACUUGGAGAUCCUGGUCCCAGAGGUGACACUGGUGAAAAGGGAGAUAAGGGACCUGUUGGUCAAGGUAUUGAUGGGCCUGAUGGCGAUCAAGGACUUCAAGGUAAGGCUGUGCAAAUGAUUUCAUACACCAUGCCUAAA